AUGGCCACCGCUGCUUUGCUCCGUUCCUUACGACGCCGUGACGUAGCUUCAGCCUCCCUCUCUGCCUACCGUUCCUUGACUAGCACUGCCAAGCCUUUGGGUCACAAAUGGGCAAGCUUGGCAAGACCUUUCAGCUCUAGACCUGCUGGGAAUGAUAUAAUUGGGAUUGACUUGGGCACAACAAACUCAUGUGUUGCUGUGAUGGAGGGAAAGAAUCCCAAAGUUAUAGAGAACUCUGAAGGAGCUCGGACCACUCCAUCAGUAGUUGCCCUAAACCAGAAAGGAGAACUACUUGUUGGUACUCCAGCAAAACGUCAAGCUGUCACCAACCCGACGAACACGGUUUCUGGAACCAAGCGUCUGAUUGGUAGACACUUUGACGAUGCCCAAACACAAAAGGAAAUGAAGAUGGUUCCAUACAAGAUAGUCAAAGCUCCAAAUGGAGAUGCAUGGGUUGAAGUCAAUGGACAGCAGUAUGCCCCAGGCCAAAUUGGAGCUUUUGUUCUGACAAAGAUGAAAGAAACUGCGGAGGCUUACCUUGGAAAGACUGUCUCGAGAGCUGUGAUCACAGUUCCAGCUUAUUUCAAUGAUGCCCAGAGACAAGCAACAAAGGAUGCUGGAAGAAUUGCAGGCCUAAGUGUAGAGAGAAUCAUAAAUGAGCCCACUGCUGCUGCACUUUCCUAUGGUAUGAACAACAAGGAAGGCCUAAUCGCUGUAUUCGAUCUUGGUGGCGGAACAUUUGAUGUGUCCAUAUUGGAGAUCUCUAAUGGUGUUUUUGAGGUGAAAGCAACAAAUGGAGACACAUUCUUGGGAGGAGAGGAUUUUGACAAUGCUUUGCUGGACUUCUUAGUGAGCGAAUUCAAGAGAACUGAUGGGCUUGAUCUUACAAAAGAUAGGCUUGCCUUGCAGAGGCUUCGGGAGGCAGCAGAGAAAGCUAAGAUUGAGCUUUCAUCUUCAUCUGAAACUGAGAUAAACCUGCCCUUCAUCACAGCUGAUGCUUCAGGUGCUAAGCAUCUGAACAUCACACUGACCAGAUCAAAAUUCGAAAGUUUGGUAAAUCACCUGAUUGAGAGGACAAAGUUCCCAUGUAAGAAUUGCUUGAAGGAUGCUAACAUGUCUAUUAAGGAUGUGGAUGAGGUCCUUCUUGUGGGAGGGAUGAGUCGUGUUCCCAAAGUGCAAGAGGUGGUUGCAGAAAUAUUUGGAAAGAGCCCAAGCAAAGGAGUCAAUCCUGACGAGGCCGUUGCCUUGGGAGCUGCCAUCCAAGGUGGUAUUCUUCGCGGUGAUGUUAAGGAGUUGCUUCUUCUGGAUGUUACUCCUCUAUCACUAGGUAUUGAAACAUUGGGCGGUAUCUUCUCCAGGCUGAUUACGAGAAACACUACAAUUCCAACAAAGAAGAGUCAGGUGUUUUCCACAGCAGCUGACAACCAAACCCAGGUUGGUAUCAAGGUGCUACAAGGGGAGCGCGAAAUGGCUUCUGACAACAAGCUCCUUGGAGAGUUUGAGCUUCAAGGCAUCCCUCCAGCACCAAGGGGCAUGUCUCAGAUUGAAGUUACAUUUGAUAUUGAUGCUAAUGGUAUUGUCACCGUUUCUGCCAGGGACAAGGGCACUGGUAAGGAGCAACAUGUUACCAUACGCUCGUCUGCUGGGUCUACGGAGGAGGAAAUUCAGAGGAUGGUCAAAGACGCCGAGCUGCAUGCUCAAAGGGAUCAGGAAAGGAAAGCUCUGGUUGAUAUAAAAAACAACGCAGACACCACCAUCUACAGCAUUGAAAAGAGCUUAAGCGAGUAUCGGGACAAGGUUCCCAGCGAAAUUGCUAAAGAAAUUGAGGAUGCAGUUGCUGAUAUAAGAAAGGCAACCGGAGGGGACAAUGCCGAUGAAAUUAAGUCAAAGCUUGAUGCAGCAAACAAAGCUGUCUCAAAGAUUGGGGAGCAUAUGUCACGUGGUUCAGGAGGUGACUCUUCAUCUGGAGGUUCACAGGUUGGUGGAGACCAAGCUCCUGAGGCAGAGUACCAAGAAAUGAAGAACUGA